AUGUAUUCAUCUAACAAUAAUGACGAACAAGGUAAUGAUGCAUUAAAUGCAAUUCAAUCACAAAUUAAUCAAACAACAAAUGCAUCAGUGGAAGCUACACGUCGUAUGGUUGGUUUAGUUGCCGAAUCUCAAGAAAUCGGUACUAAUACAAUGAUUAUGCUUGAUGAACAAGGUGAAAAACUUGAUCGAAUCGACAGUGGUCUUGAUAAUAUUCAUGCUGGAAUGACUGAAGCUGAGAGAAAUUUAACUAAUUUACAAAAAUGUUGUGGUUUAUUUGUUCUACCAUGGCAACGCGCUCGUGCAACAUAUAAACCAUAUACAAAUAGUAGUACAGGAUUUAGUAGUGAAACAUCAUCACCUACAACAGCAGAACCUAAAUUACGUAUGGCUGGUGAUGAAGGUAUGCCUACUGGUGGUUAUGUAACUCGUAUUACCAAUGAUGAUCGUGAAACAGAAAUGGAUGAUAAUUUACAAUUAGUUAGUGGUUAUCUUGGUAAUCUUAAAAAUAUGGCACUUGAUAUGGGUGAUACAAUACAAAAUCAAAAUAAAAAAAUUGAUCGUAUUGCAGAAAAAUCUGAAGCUGGAAUACAACGUGUAGAUGUUGCCAAUCAACGAACAAAAUAUCUGAUUCGAAAUGCUUAA